AGAAGCGUAUAUGGCAGCGUAUAUGUAGCGCGUUCUGAAUAUGGGCCUUUGUGUUUUUUGCGAGAAAAUAACCUACGUCGCGAUUUACGUUUAAUAAAUCUGCCGAAACUCAGACCGAAACUGAAGCAUGUUCAAUUUUACUUACUAGACACUCAUGUAGACACGCAUGCGCAAAAAUUCGAACCUCUCGUCAUUACGUAAAGCUUUAAAGAACGAAGAACCGCGCUUUUCGACGACAUUUUUUUCAAUAGCAGUUGUAUAACCUAAUAAAGCGGUGGAUCGGGCAUCGAAAAAUACAAUGCAAUUUCAUUGAAAUUUAUUGUUGCAGAUACUAUAGUUGAAGGAAAUCUCAACAGAUUGAUCAAAAAGUGUCACUAUUGUUAGCUAUCACGAACUGUUCAGGAUUAGUAGUGUUAUACACCAAACAAAGUAAUUGUUAAAAUAGCCGACAUUUACACCCUGAGCAAAUUAUUGACUCUUCAAUUCUAACCUAAUUUGGAUUAUCUUGAACAACAAUGAAUAGCUCUGAUGAGGAAUUAUUUGAGGCAGUGCCAUGCAGUAGCAAUUCAUCAAUGAAGACUAGUAUAAGUGAUAUAACCGAUUCCAGCACUAAAAUCAGAGACGUCUCAGUAUGUCUUGUACGUUUGCCACAAAAGAAUCUAAAAAAUAUAUCAACACAGCUAAUUACUCCACGUAAGGUCAGGAAACAACGUAUGUGGAAAUUUGGAUGUUCAAAAAAGAAGAUAAAGAAAGUAUCUGAGGCAAAAAAUUCUGAGAAAUCUUGGAAUAAUAAAACAGUUAAAAAAAUUGAAUCAACAGCUAAGUCCGUGAUCGAAAAUUUAUCAGAAAAUAAUAUAGAUGAUUGUAGAACCUUAAGUGAAGCAUUUGAAGGAAAAGAAGAAUUAAGAGAAAAUGAUUCUGAGCAAAAUAAUCAGGAUAAGCAGACAGAUAAUUUAUCUCUGCUGUUGUCUGAAUAUGAGACACAAGAACAAAAUUCAUCCUUUGAUGAAUCAUAUACAUCAGCACGUACUGUGCCAUAUGAUUGGAUUAAAAAACGAAUAUUGACCAGCACACAAGAUGCAGUAACACAUCCUAAUGUUCCACUUUCAUCGCCAAGUUUAGAAAAACUAGAACAGGCUUCGUGUAGUUAUAAGAACAGUGAUAUGUCUAAAUUUUUAUCAACAAGUUUAAAAAAACACCCAGAGCAAGCUUCGUGUAGUUAUAAGAAUAAUGAUGUGUCUGAACAAACUUCUCAUCAAGACGAAGCAAAGUCUAAGAAAAAACACUUGGUCAAGAAAAGUAAUACCUAUUAUGAUAAGACACUCGAUGACCUUCUCAUUAGAGCAGUCUCUAUGCGAGGAGAACUGGCCAAAUGUAAAUUGAAAAGGAGAAGGAUUGUCUCUAGUGAUGAAUCAUCUGACGAAUGGCCUGUUCAAAGAAAUGAAACUAGAAAGAAAAGAUAUGUAUUGUCAGACGUGUCUGAUGAUGAAGAUACAAAUACAAGUAACCGUGUGGAAAAAAUGAUCGAAAAUAACGAUCGAAGUUUUCCUUGUUUGUCUCGUGAAACAGUGAGCCAAGAAAAAUUGCCUAUAAUGAAGUCAUAUUGCAAAUUGCAAGUUGUUCUAACAAGACUGGAAGAGUCGAGUGAUGCGAAUGUUAUCAGAUGGCAAAAGAGAAAUGCGACAGACAACUCGCAGAAUACAGUAUCGAUAUGCCAUUCGGAAGAAGAACAGCAGUUGAAAGCAGUAGUAGUGUUGAACAAUGCAGAAGCAUCGACGAGCACGAGGUCACAAGAUACUGUACCUCAGAUUGUCAUACCACAAUCUCUUGCGAAUAAGGAUGACAAUAUGCACAGAACAAAUCAGGAAUGCCUGUCGAUUACGCUAGUUGAUAACGAUACUUCGACAGCAGUGGAGACUUCCAGAACUUCACUGAAAUUGCCAAAAACGUCCCAUGCUUGCAACAAGAAAUAUGAUUCGAAUCGGUUGAACAUUGCGUUAAAGUCGUGCGUUAAUUUCUGGAAGAAAUUUAAAUUGUUCAAAAAGCCUAGAGUUCUGUUGAUAAAAUUGGAAACCUUGUGCAGUCUCGCCGAUAAUGGCGUAUAUUCGGCGAGUAACGUCGAGUUUUUAACGCGCAAACACAUCAGAUCCGUGAUUCGAACCAGCUUAAAAUUUCGCAAAUCAUAUACGUAUAGAUUUGUAGAGCUGGAAUGUUCAAAAGAAGUAAAUACGAGCACAACUGACACAGAAAAAGACAAUGCAAGCCUUGCUAUCGCACCCGUAUCCGAGAUUGACAAUGUACCGAGUAUUGACAAUGUACCUCUUACUGAAUCUCAAGCAGCAGAAAAAUAUCCAUCAAAAGAUGAUCAAACGUCGGCAGAUGAGGAACGUGAAAACAUGCUGUUUGUGAAUCCCAAUAAAUCGAAGAUUUCCUUGAAGAAGCAAUUUAGUUCGGUAAACAAGAAUAAACCUACAUCGAAUAAGACACUACUAGAAAUCUGGCAGAAGGCAUUCUGUCCGCAGAAAUUCGCGGAACAACCGGAAAAAGCAGUUAACAGCCAAUCCACUUUGGCGCAAUCGACGGUGGAAUUACCUUCCGUUCCGUCGGAUCCGUCGAACAAUUCGGCGGAUGCGACACAUGAGGAAACUAUUUCUGAUCCACAGUCUUCCAAGUUUACAUCUUCCAGAAAGGAUAACACACCAGUCGCAUCCCCUAUAAAACCUUCUACGCCAAAGAAUCAGCCGUCAAUUGCGAGUUUUCUCAAUAACGCGAACACCCAGAAAACCGUCUGUAAGAAACUAUUUACUUCUCCUAAAUCCAAAGACAACGUUGUCGUUAUACAUUCCUGUAACAAAGACACAGCAGUGGAGAAUGUUGCCAUACCGGAGUUCUCGUCCACAUCGAGUAAAGAUACGUCAAAAGUGGCAAAAUCGUCAAAAUCAUCUGAGAAAAUGAACGUUGACGAGACGCAGUCGCAGGCAAAAUCAUCAACGACGUUGCCAAUAAAAUCUCAAACCGGCUACAAGAGAACUUACAAAUGUAUUAUAUGUCAGUCAGUUUAUGACAAUUAUCAUUUGCUGCUUCAUCACUUAUCGACCAAUAAAUGUCAGCAGAAUAUACAUAAAACUUUCGGCCAGAUAUAUGAAAAGAAAUAUAGAAAAUUACUAAACCUGCCUGCUCGGUCUAUUGUUGAGAAUGAUAACAUCUUGCUCUUAUCGUCGUCGACGAACCGAGGACCAUUCAACAAACAGCUCUUGACACCGCAGCCGAAAUCCAGCGCUCAAAACAAAUGGAAUCUGCUUGCCAAAUCGAAGUCUGUGGAUUUAGGUAAGCAUAACAGAGAAAGUGUUACCAAGAGUACUGACGGAUUGCAGAAGAACACAGCUGGAAGUCAAGUCGGUAAAGGGCAAAAGAUCACAGCCAAAGACCACGUCGACAAACAGCAGGACACAGUCGGAGAUCAAGUCGUCAAACAACAGAAGACCACAGUCAACAACAAUGAACAGCAGACGAGAUCAGCAGAAAACAACUCAAACACGAAGAGCAAUGUCGUUUCCACGGAAUUGUCAGAGCACUUAUCAGAGCUGUGCCCCUCGACGGGAUUGUUCUUGUCAAAGCUAUGUCCCUCGACGGAAUUACACUUGUCAGAGGUAUGUCCCUCGACGGAGGAGGAUAACGCGUCGAACAUCGUGCAGAAUGCGUCCUUGACGAAGGAGCAGCAGCCGCAGUUGACGCAUGUGGCCCAAAGCGUCUCACCGAGAAAAAAUCCCAACGAAGAAUCGGAGACGACCGAAACUGUAACUUCUUUGCAUGUGGUAAGUCCGGUACACUCACAACUACGAUCUGUAAGACGUGUCUGCAUAUGUCACCGAAACGAAACGAUCAACAUCGACUGCGUUCAAAUUGAGAUUGUGUUGCUGUGCACCGCUUGUCAGACGUUGUUCCGGCGCUUGGACUGCUUCGAGACGCACCUCAGGCGCGAGGAGAACAAGAUCUGCAUGGAUAGUCGCAAACGCGACUCGAUUCGGACGUGCAGGUUGUUCUGCAAUAAAUGCAAGACAUCACUCCCUACCGUGCAGCACAUUCUACAUCAUUUGGGAAUGCAUGCGCGGCAUAAUCGCGACGGAUUGGCUAAUUUCCGCUGCAACAUCUGUAAAAUAAUCUUCUACGAGUUCGGGACACUGUUCAAGACGCAUAUGCAAAACCACGUGAGAGAUCCGUACUACGUGGCUAGCCGUCUGUCAUUCUCGCCACUCUCCUGUGUCGGCGCGAGACUCAUCGAGAUAUCGCACAACGGCGGAGAGCGAUCGACAGAAUGUUACCUGCUAAUAGCGGAUCAGGUGUGUCAGAAAUGCAUAAGUGCCUUCACCACGGAGUUGAGCUUAAAGUCGCACAUGAGCAUUUGUCGAGGUAACAGUUCUUCGGCCGUGGAUCUCAAAUCUUCGGGCAGCAAGAGAAAAGACAGAGCGACUCUCUCCACCAGGUCCAGGAUAAGGGCGCAGAUAUUGCUGAUAUGCGGACUGUGUAAUGAAAAGUUCAGCAAUGAGGGACUCUUUCAUCUACAUUCGUUGGAGCACCAGCAGAAUCAGGACUCGCAUUACGUCAUCGCGAACAUGGCUACCAAGAAAAUCUAUAUUUGCAAGGUGUGCUCGACUAUGUAUAGGUCAUUGCGAAGAUUCGAGGACCAUUGGUCGGUCCAUGAGAAGUUGCAAGAGGAGUACAUAUGUGGUUGCUGCGGCUGUCAGUUCAACAACAUCGACCAGUUUCAAGAACACGCGGCCACGCAUGUCAGCGGUGACAAGAAGCGACAGGAACCGGUCCCGUGCAAAAUUAUUUAUAAGGACGCCUGUGAGCGUCAAAACUUUAAGGCGAAUGUACGCAGCGUCAUAGACAACAAUGAUGUACCUUGCACGAGUUUGAGUCGCUUCAGCUUAAAAGAAAGUUCUCUUAACGAAAGUGCGUGGGACCAAUCGCACAAUUCGAAGACUGAAACUGAGCAACAAAUGACACUGAGACUCGAGGAAAUAGUACCGACGAGUUCCAAAAACGUCUCGCAAAUAUUGCAUAAUGUUCUGUUAUCUGGGCGAGAAGGUAACGAGAUCUCCGCGGAAAAUCGACCGAGAAGCGACACCGUUGACAAGAACGGCAACGAGAAUUCAAAGAAUCUUGACGAAAUCGAAGUGGAGGAUCUGGUGAUGCAGUUGUCGGAGAGUGAGGACAGCUUGCCAUCGAUGGGGGCUACGAACAAAAACGGUGAUUUGCCUUCUAGCAAACGCAAAGACACGCAAGAACAGGUCACGAUGCCCACUGGCGAACAACAUCGCGGCAAUUUAGCCGAGAGUACUGUCUUCACGGAAGAGCUCCACAACGCGAAGAAGAAUUUAAAUUCGGUUGUUGUUGCUACCAACGCAACAGCUUCGACAACACCCAUGACGAAGAAGGUAAGCCCACGCAAGAAAGACAAACAACCCAAUGAGAACAAGGCCGUGAACUCGACGGCUGCGCUGGACGCGACCAAAGACAACCAAACAGCUGCAAGUGUGAAUCAGUCCAGUUCCACGGAAUCGUUGCCGAUGAAUGUCAUGACUGUCGUACCUAAAUCCUUCCUGCGCGUCAAGUCUCUGGUAGAGUUGAUUGCGCCUUCGCCCAAUAAGUCGUCUCAGAAUACUUUCAAGUGCUCUCGACCUAAUUGUAAUCAGUCGUUCGAAAAUCAGCAGAAAUUAACGGAGCAUAUGUUGAUGCAUCAUCCUGAACCCCAGUCAUCCACCCGGCAAGAACAACUUACGCGAAUAUCCUUGCCGCCCAACAUGAUGCCGCCUAUAUGGUCUACAACGUCAUUUGAUCUUUCGAUGCAUGCAUCUACACCGUCGACCUCGUCGUCCACAAUGAGCCACAAUCGACCCACGACUGCGAACAACGGCGUUUUGCAGCCGAAUCGCAUGGUCAACUCUACAAAGUCCAAGCAGUACCAUAUAGUCGGUAUAAAGCCGCUGCAUACUGUCAAGUAUUCUCUAACGGAGAACAAGAUCAUAAAACAAGCUGACAAACAGCAACAACAGCAGCAGCAACAAUUAUUACAGCACCAGCAACUACAACAGACGCAGCAGCAGCAACCGCAACAGCAGCAGCAGCAACCACAACAGCAGCAGCAGCAACAAUUACAGCAGCAGCAGCAACAAUUGCAACAGCAGCAAUAUAAUAUCUUAUUGCAGAAUACUCCUACAUCUUCAACAACUUUCACUCAGCCAAUACAACCGAAGCCGGCGGCGUAUCAUCGAAACUUACCUGCUCGAGUAGCCCAACCAAUACUGAGCAGCAGAGUAGCACAACCUGUGCAGCAGAGCGGCGGCACGGCGGCGGUUCUGCCCAUUGUACAGAACAGCUACGUGCAGCAACAGAAAGCACUACCGUCUUACCAUGUGGUCAUUAGUCAACAACCGCAGCCGGUGUAUACCUUCACUAAUCAACAGCAGCAGCAGCGGCAACAACCGUCACAGCAGCAACUGCAACAGCAGCGGGCGAAUGUCGGAGGUGAGGUAUUGUGCAAUGCCUACCUGCCUAUACAGCAGGCUUUAAACGGCGGGAAUAACGUGCCUUAUCAGUUGAUGCAUGCCCACACGAUCAUGAGCAACCCGAUACCAGCAGCGAAUGUGACGACAACGGCGGUAGGCAACAACAUCCCGAUGCAGAGCAUGUACAUGAUGCAAGUGGCAAAAAAUCCCGACCGCUUCGCCUGCGUGUAUUGCCCCGGCUUCGAGUGCAACACGGUACAAGAAUUCAUGUUACACGAGCGCACACAGAAGCAUGAAGCCAACAUCACUUACAACAGCAUAACUUGGACGUAACAUUCAACUGACGUCGCGUAUAGAGCGUAGAAUAGAGCGACGACGACUGUAAAGAUGACUUUCACCAAACUUCGGUUUAGUCAAAGGAUAAACAACGAGCCGGCGAAAUUACUGAUAUGGAGUUUUACUUGUACAUUAUUUCUUCUCCAACGAUCAUCGGGAGGUCCAAAUUUUUCAUUCAUUUUAACAAAAGUUUCUAUUUGUUUAGCAUUUUAAGAAGAUGCUGACGUAAUUCUACUUUCGUAAUUGACACUGUUUCUUCUGCUCAGUUGUAAGACUUGUACUUUCACUGUAUAGGAGUAUUUGCAAUUCUAUACAAGCAAAUAAAGGAAAACCCUGUAAAUUACAAAGGAAGCAUUACGUCGGUAUCCAACGUUUUAAGCAAAAUACAGUUGAUAAUAUUUGCGAAUAUGAUAGCGAUUUGAAAUCGUCAAUUAAACUAGUCAGUUUGGCAAAAGUCAGCCUGAAUAUCGACGUCACGGUGAUUUUAUGAAUCACAUGUUUAUAAUUCUCGCGUGAAACGACGUUCGGACUUGCGUAUUCGGAGAUUAGACUUUAUCUCUAGUUGAUACAAGAGUCUCAUCCUUAAAGUUGAUAAUGAUCAAAAUAGGUUUUCAUUUGCUUUUGAUUUGCACGUGCGACACAUGCUUGUGUUCGUAUUGGUCUUUUGUGUCGACGUUCUCAUUUGGAUUAGCUACUUCGAACCAGAAUUGACAAAUUGAAAACGUCUGCGUUCGGCUAAAGUUAGCACUUAACGAUUAAUGCUCUUGAUUGUUAUACUUUGAGUCUAUCAAAAAAUUCAAAGUAUCGACGAUAAUCACUGAGCGUUUACUGAACAUUAAUUCCCGCUGAACAUUAACGACACAAGUUUUUGGCACUUGUUUCUGGCGUCAUGGAUAACUGACACAUUAAAAUGUAGAUUGUCUUUUUAUUUUUGAUACGAAUAAUCACCUGUCUUGUUAAAGAAUAUAUUCGUAUUCAUGUCGUAGUACUCAUUUCCGCGACAUUUAUUCGAUAUAACUAGGUUGCAUGUAUGAUACCGCGAAGUCUGGCAUUUAUUUUCCUAGAGUUCGUUAAUUUCAUCAUCUCACACAUAAAAACAACUUACCGAUUUACUUUCUCGUUCCGACGAUCGAAGAACCAAAGACGAAGUCGCAAAGACUCCAUCUUAAAGUUGCAUCGCAAUUCGAUCGAGCUCAUGCGCGUCUUUUGCUUCUGUCUGUAAACUGCUCGAGUUUAAUUGUACAGUUAAUUGUUUCGACUAUGUUUCGAUUAAUGUUAUAAUUAUAUUUUACGAAGUCUUUAUACUAUUUAAUAUUGGAACAAGUCUGUUUCGAAGAUACAAAAAAAGAUACCAAAAUACAAUAUAAGCGCAUCUUUAAAUAUUUAUGAAGUAUGGACAGAAUUUUUUCCAAGCGAGAAGAAGAUGCGCGUUACUUUCUGGAAUCAUCUUCUCUUUCCAUCUCGAGACGAACAGUUAUUUUACGUGUAAAAUAACAGAUUGUACGCUUCCUUCAAUUUUCUGCAGUGAAACCGCACUCGAGGCGAGAGUGAAAAUAUUGUUGCUCAGAAUAAAUUGAUAUUUCAUCUUUUACGAAAAUGAAACUUUAAUCUAAAUUAUAGAAUAGGUUCCUAAUCUAUGCAAGAGUACAACGUUUCAUUCCAGUUUCUGUUAACAUCGACGAGAUCUUAAGCUAAGUUUAUAAACUUAAUUCAGACCAAAACUCGGAUUAAAUCUCAAUCGAUUUUUGUGGAAACGGGUAUCGCUCAUCAAUCAUAAUGAAUCAUUCACUUUUUGUUAUUAACAUAUUGUGACAUAUUAAGUUCCAUUGAUGAACGAAUAGUUUUCUUGCGAAAUUCCUCAAUUUCGCAAAAAACUAUAUUAUUUACUCGGUAAUUAAUAGAGUGAAAGAAUUCUAUGUAUGAGAGAAAAGUCACCCAGUAAUCGAGUGACUUGGCUGUUACUUUAUGUUUUUAGGCAAUCCUUUAACCUUUUUAUUUGGCCUUUUACUCGGCCUUAUAUUUGCAUUUCGUAUAUAAAUUCUAUUUACGAGCGACUUUUAAAUUUAUUAACUAUCGUUUUCGAGUGUGGAUAUCGAGAUAAAAUUGAUACAUUGAAGAUCACCAUUACAAUCAUUUCGUUGAAUCUUCAAAAGAGUAUGGUUCACAAAAAUGUAUAAAACGGCUUCGUGUUACUUGAAAAAAAAAAUUAAAUAAGGCUAUGCAUUAUUAGUAUUAUAAU